AUGGUGUCCGUUUCGCCUCGCGCCUCGUUCCUCGAUUCAGACGAUGAGCCUGAACCCGGAAGCACGGAUCCUCGUUUCGCGUUCGGAUUUGGGUCCAUGAGCCUGACAGACGACCGCUACUCAGAACACGAGCCCGACGACUACCAUCGACCACUCACAGGGUUCUCAGAUCAUGGCCAUCGCAGGAAACAACGCUCUAGGCAAAGUAGUUCCCUGCUGAAUAGUGCUUGUCCGUUCACAUAUGAGACUGAGGCGGAUGGCCAUGCGUUCCGCUUGGUCAUCCUCCAUCCAGGGACUGGCACGAGCACCAUUCAGUGUGAUCUCGUCUUGGAAUCUACGAAGAAUGUGCGAAGAGUCUACAACUGCCUGAGCUAUGCUUGGGGCUCAAUCAACCGCAACAACGCCAUCUUGCUCAACGGCCGCAGAUUUGCGGUCACGUCGAAUCUGUACAGUGCUCUGCAAGCCUUGCGUAAACCUAAGACACCCGUGACAAUAUGGAUCGACAUGAUAUGCAUCGAUCAGGACAACACAGGAGAAAGGGGACAUCAAGUCUCAAUCAUGAAAACAAUCUUCAACCAAGCGACCAAGAUCUAUGUGUGGCUGGGUGAGGAUGACGAUCGAAGUGAAAGGCUUUGCGCAUUCGCGAAAAGUAUGCGCCGAGGUUCUGAUGAAUCGGCAAAGACAAACCUCAAUCGUAUCCUCUCACAACGUGAGCUUCGGGACGCAAUCCGAAACUUGUUGCAACGUCCUUGGUUCCAGCGAGUCUGGGUGAUUCAAGAGGUCGCCCUGGCGCGCCGAAUCACCGUUGCAUGUGGGCGGGCACACAUGACUUGGCCAGAGCUGGUUCGAUUGAUCAGAGACGUCAAAUGGCCAGAGAACCCCGGGUUUGAUAAGAAGGCAUCUCUGCUCGGCAAUCCUAGGCAACGCAUCGCCAUUCUGACACAAAUGAUCGCGGGCCAGAAGGAAGCCUUGGCGCAUACUGACAUCACCCAAUUGCUUAUUUUGAGCAAGAGUAGUCAGGCCACAGAUUCCCGUGACAUGGUAUAUGCUUUUCAUGGACUUACUCUACUCACAACGGUUCCAAACUAUUCCGCACCUCUCGAUCACUCGGAUCCGGAUUACCAGAGAGCAUUGAAACGACUCUAUAUCGAUACGGCUGAGCAAUAUAUCAAUUCCAUCAGAUGGGAGCCAUCCUAUUCCAAUUGGCACAAGCUUGAUGACGGCCAAAAGACCUUUCAGCUCAUGAGCAUCAUCUAUAGUGCUGGCGUGCUUCAUCGACACCUCGAGCUGCCGUCAUGGGUCCCUGAUUGGACCUUUGCCUGGCACCUCGCGCCUGUAUUUGCCAAAACAAUUCCGAAUUUUCUGCCCGCGACCGGCCGAGAUGAAUGGAGCAAGGGCAUUCGAAGCGAAUACCGAGCUGGUGGUGAUCAAAUGGACAUCUUUGAGCUUUCGAAACAUCAAUUACAUCUGCGCAUAUCGGCGCUGCUCGUGGACACCAUCGUACUCGUCAAUGAAAUCACGCCUGCGCCAACUCCAAACGAGAGCCAAGUGUUGUCAACAUCACCAAUUAGUCGCUUCGAAAACGAAGAUGUCACAAAUCUGAGCUAUGGACGGCACUUUUUCACGACAGAGCAGGGGUACAUCGGUUUCACCACCCCCGGAACCAUCGAAAGCGACGAAGUGGCCAUCCUCGUCGGUGGUGACGUUCCGGUCGUCUUACGCCGUGUCACGGACAAAUCUGGAGGCAGCACGGACACUUUCAUGGUUCUGUGUGAAUGCUAUGUGCAAUCGCCUGCUGUAAUGCACGGGGACUACCUGAAGCAAAACAGGGCAGACGCCAUCGAGAUUACCAUUGUGUGA